AUGAACGCGAUACGCCGAUUCAUCAAGAUGGCAGAGGAAACCGGUGCAAAAAGGCUCAAGUCGCCGCCACUGAUUGGCACCCACAAUGGCCACUUUCACGCCGACGAAGCGCUCGCAGUUUACCUCCUUCGUCUGCUCCCGGCGUACUCUGGAUCUCCGCUUAUCCGAACGCGAGACCCGGCGCAAUUGGCAACCUGCCAUACUGUUGUCGAUGUCGGAGGGGUAUACGAUCCUUCUCUAAACCGCUACGACCAUCAUCAACGAACUUUUAAUACGACCUUUCCCCAGCAUGACACGAAGCUUUCUUCUGCUGGGUUGGUAUAUAUGCAUUUUGGAAAAGCGAUAAUAGCCCAGCAUAUGAACCUCCCCGUUGAUCACCAAGACGUGGACACAAUUUACAAUAAGCUUUACGGAGAUUAUAUUGAAGCACUCGACGCGCACGACAAUGGCAUUUCUGUCUAUUGCCCGAAAGCUAUCUCUAAUGCUGGCCUAGAGAAGCGAUUCCGGGACGGUGGAAUUAACCUAGGCUCCUUAAUUGGCGAUAUGAAUCGUCCGGGCCCAGGUGAGGAUUUGGACGAAGAUGCUCUCUUUGCUCGGGCUAGUACCUUUAUCGGCGAGACCUUUUGGAGGAAGCUUCACGCCGCAAGUGGCGCAUGGUUACCUGCUCGCGCCUCUGUCGCCCAGGCUUACCAGUCUCGCUUCGAUGUUCACCCAUCGGGGAAGAUAUUAUUGUUUCCAAAAUCGGGAAUACCGUGGAAAGAGCAUCUAUAUCGUUUGGAGGGAGAAUCCGGGAGCGGCACCGCUACAGAUUCCGAGCGCAAGGUUAUAUAUGUACUAUACCCUGAUUCAAGUGCUGCUGACGCCAACUGGCGAGUCCAGUGUGUCCCUGUGACUGAAAGUAGCUUUGAAUCAAGAAAGGCUCUUCCAGAGACAUGGCGUGGCGCGCGGGACUCGGAGCUGGAUGCCAUCAUAGCAACGGAGAUGGACGCAAAAAAGAGAGAAAAAAUACCUGAAGGUGCUGUUUUCGUUCAUGCAAGUGGGUUUAUCGGUGGGCAUAAAACAAAAGAAGGGGCACUCGCGAUGGCGGUAGAAAGCUUGAACUAA